GAUUCUGUCCAAUGCUUUAAAGCCUCCUUCCUGAAACUGUUCAGACCAGACAAGGAAAAAGUGCAACAGGACUGAGUUUGUAUUCUGAAACCACUGGACUUUUCUGGGUGACUAUGACCCGACGGAGCAGGUCCUUUCUGCUGUUAAUUCUGUUUGGGAUUCAGGCUGCUGUUUUGGUUUCAGCUUAUUCCAGAGAGCAUCUGGUGCGUCACAAAAGAGAGUGGGUGGUCCCUCCUAAACCCCUGAAGGAGAAUGAGGACCACACCCACAAGUUGUCUAUUGCCAAGAUCCGAUCGGACUAUGCAGGGUCGGAAAAAAUUACUUAUUCCUUAGAGGGCAUCGGAGCAAAUCAGUACCCUUUUCAUGUGUUUGUGGUUGACCCUCAUACUGGAGACGUCCGCGUGACCAAAAUCCUUGACAGGGAGGACAUCGCCCUAUACCACCUUUCAGGUGUUGCUCAUUUUCAAAAUGGAAGUGAAGCAGAGGAACGUAUUGACCUGCGAAUUAAGGUCAUGGAUGCAAAUGACAAUCCUCCAGUAUUUCCUUCAAAGAUGGAAGCUAAAGUGUAUGAACUCAGCCCUCCAGGAACUUCAGUUAUUAAAAUCACUGCCACUGAUAGAGAUGAUCCAGAAACAGCCAACGCUAAGAUCGCCUACUCCAUCAUAAACCAGAAACCCCACAAAGACUUUGGCAUUAGCAAGGACGGCUUGAUCUAUGUCAGCAAUCCUAACUUGGACAGAGAAGAAGAAGAUACAUACAUUCUAACAGUGACUGCUGGAGAUCUAUACGGUGAGCCAGGUGGACACAUUACAACAGGCACCGUCACUAUCAAAAUCCAAGAUGUCAAUGACAAUCCUCCAACUCUAGAAAAAUCUGAAUAUGAGGCAACCAUUUUGGAGAACACACACAAUGUUGAGGUGAUGAGGCUCAAAGCAGGAGACCUGGAUGAAGAGAACACAGACAACUGGGAUGUUGUUUAUGAAAUCGUCAAAGGGAACGAGGCCGGAUAUUUCAGCAUAAAAAAAGAUCCCAUAACCGGCGAAGGCAUCUUAAUGCUUGAUAAGGCUGUGGACUUUGAGGAUGUAAAAAACCUGGACCUAGGGCUAGCGGUGCGCAACAAGGCCCCCAUGUUUGACGGAUCUAUUCCCAAUGGUGGAGCUAGUAUUGGUUUUGGAGGAGGUCCCAGUGGUGCCAGUGGUGCCAGUGGUGCCAGUGGUGCCUCUGGUGCCAGCGGUGCCAGCGGCUCCAGCAGCUCCGGCGGCGCCACUGGAGCCAGUGGUGCCUCUGGCGCCAGCGGCGCCAGCAGCUCCAGUGGCUCCAGCAGCUCCUCUGGAACCGGUGGAUCCGGUGGAAAAUUCAAAACCUAUCCAAUCAAAAUCAAUGUGAAGAACCAGGCAGAAGGACCACAUUUUGAACCAGCAGUCAAAGCUAUUCCAGUCACAGAAGGAAGCGAGUCCUUCACCAUUGGUCAAGUCAUCUCCAGUUAUCCUGCAAUGGAUAAAGACACUAAGAAACCAGCAGAGAACGUCAAAUACUUAAAAGGAAACGACCCUAACAACUGGAUUACCAUUGACCCUGAGACAGCGGAAAUAAAACUGAUGAAGGUGCCUGACAGGGAAUCUCCAUUGCUGGUUAACGGAACAUAUUUUGCUGAAAUUCUCUGCAUUUCAGAAGAUAUGCCAGAUAAAACAGCAACUGGCACUAUUGCCAUCCAAGUAGAGGAUUUUAACGACCACUGCCCCACGCUGACCAGUGAAGUCCAGUCCAUGUGCACAACCAAAGACAGCGUCAUUGUUAAUGCCCAAGAUGAAGAUGCAUUUCCUAAUGCAGCGCCGUUUGAGUUUAUCAUCAACCCAAAAGGCACAGAGGGAAAAUGGCACGUGGAGCGCUACAACGAGAGUGCAGCUAUUUUGAGGGUGGAGGAGGAGCUUUGGCCUGGUGUCUAUAAACUGAUGGUGGAGGUGAAAGACCAGCAGGGAAAGUCUUGUGAAACCCCACAAAAGUUGGAUGUCCAUGUCUGUGUCUGCGAGGAUGGAGUUGUCUGUGCAAACCGAGCCUACAUGGGUGGGACUGAGAAACUGUCGGAGCUUGGAGCUGCAGCCAUCGGCCUGCUUUUUCUGGGACUGUUGCUUUUACUGCUCAUUCCUUUGUUGAUGAUCCUCUGCCAGUGUGGAAGUGCGGCUAAAUAUAAGGACCUCUUUACUGAUGUGCCUUCGACAAAAUCUCAUCUCAUUCACUACGACACUGAAGCCCCCGGAGACAAUGUGGAAGCUGCUGCUUUGCUGAACUUUCCAACACAGAAUAUAAAGGGUGUGGAUCUACAAUAUGUAGAAGCUCUGCCAGGGGCUGGAUUUGAAAUGCAGCAAUCGGUGGCUUCCAUGAAUCAGGGCAUGUUCCAAGGUGUGUCCUCAAAUGGCUUCAGAGACGAAAUGGGGAUGAACAUGUGGGAAGGCAGUGGCUUUGAGUCCGAAACUCGAGAGUCAAGAGGAUAUCAUGACUUGGCUUUACCAGACAGCUUCCUUUCACUCUACUACAUCCAGAAGACCAGUGGAGAUGAGAACGUUAAGAUAACAGAUAACCAGCUGGUGUACGACUAUGAGGGAGAGGGCUCCCCUGCUGGCUCCGUGGGAUGCUGCAGUCUUCUGGAUUCAGACAAUGACCUGAGUUUCCUUGAUGAUUUUGGACCGAGGUUUAAAAAGCUUGCUGAAAUAUGUGGUGGCAAAAUAGUCCAAUCUGAGAUGACGACACAAACGGAGACUCCUCUACCUAAUGUUCCUGUGAGCAACGUUCGAGUGUCAGAGCCAGAUUUGUUGACCAGCCAAGAGUUGUCCCAUAUGUCCAUUGUGCAGUCGGCCAACUCCAGAACCGAGCAGAGGUUAGCCAGUGAAAGAAGGGAGCAGUCUGAGAUCAGGGAGAGCAAGGCCGCAGUGAAGGAAGGGAUGACCUCAGUGCAGGCAGGGAUGGCGCACCAGAACCAGAUGGUAGUUCUAAACCAACAGCAACCCGUCUACUUUACCACCGCGCCUAUGAUGCAGCCCAUGCACUAUGUUGUUCAGCAGCCCCUUCAGAAUGCAGUGAUACUAGCUGAGGCACCUGCCUCCAGUCUUCAGCACAUGGUAAUGGUUAAUGGCACUGAUAUCGCCUCAUCCCAGGGAGUUAUUGUUCAAGGUCAGACAAUGAUGCCCAAUGUACAAACCCAGAGCCUUGGGGCAGUGCUGGUUGACAGCAGGGGGAACCAGGGAACCACUGGGAACCUGAUCUCUGGCUCCCAAAACAUGAUGUUUGUUGAAAGCAAUGUCCCUGCUGGAUCUGUGAGAGUACUAAACGGUAACCAGGUUAGCCUUGCUCAGGGUGGUGCGACACUAAACGAGUUAUCAGGAUCUCAGACAAUCAUUAAGAAGCGGGAGUCAAACAGCAGAGGGCAGCAGAGUCAGGGUGGAAAAGGUUCUUUCCAAAAGUCUGAAGUCUCGCGUGGUCAAAGGGUUCAUGUGAUCAGUGGUGCAUCCGGCGGCUCUGAGGGAAGCACCUCUUCCUACACCCUUACUACAUCCACCAACAAUGGAGUAGUUGUUGGGCAGAAGAACAGAGUAAUGAACUAGAGACGCUGCGUCUACUGCAGGCAAAAAUCACCUAUGGUGUGGUCUAGGGUGAUGGGAGCUUAUCUAAAGCAGGUGUUUGGGUUAAGCAAUAGUGCCCAAAGGUUGUAGCGCAGUUACCUUUGUUCUUAUGUCCUGUAAAGUUAGCUGAAACUGCACAGGCUUUGUUUGGGAAUAGCUUCUAUGUUUCCAUAGCCUAAAGAUGCCUGGAAUUUAAAAGUAAUGAGAAGUUUCUACUAUGGCCCUUAAAUUUCCCUUACCUAAAGUAGAUAGAUCCAGAAUGUAUAGAUACUAACAGCCAAUCAUAUUAACAACUAUACAACAUCCUGAGUGGAUCUCAUAUGGGACAAAAGUUAAACUGUAAUGUAGGCUCUUCUUGAGUUUUAAGAUUUAAAUUGCAUUAAAAAGUAAACCGUAAUCUUGCCUAAAAUCCUGAAAUAAUGUGUCAUAUUUAGCUUUAGGCAAAAAUGCAACUUCUAGCACAAAGUAACGAGACAUAUUAAACCCCCCCAGGUAGCUGAGUUUAUUACUGAUCAAAUUAAAGCUUUGUCUGUUGUGCACCUUAUUAAACACCCGGCAGGUUUUAGAAAUACUCUUAUGUAUUCCUGCUGAAAAUAAAGGUAACUGUAAAGAGCUGAUUCCAGCUGCUUAAGCCGUGUAAACGUAGGGGAGAUUAUAUUCUUUUAUCACAGAUACUGUCUGAUAUUUGCUUCGAGGAAAUGGAACGCUGUCACCGUCUACAGAUAUCUAUGCUGUCACUCUGUAGCUUAGCAUGGUUAAGAUAACUGAUACACACUCACAUGCUGUGUCACAAUAUCCUGGCAGGGACUUUUCAUUGACAUCCGUUCAUAUUGCAUGUAUUCCUGUGGCCUAACCCUCACCAGCACAUCCCUAACCUUAACAAUAACCCAAACUAAACCUAAGCCCCGCCCCUAAAAGAGAACUUCUCCCCAUAGGGAUCAGCCAUUGGUUCCCACAAGUAUAUAUGAGUCCCCAAAAUAUAGGAUAUAUCUGGGACAGGGUAACACAUACAUACACACACACACACCCACACACCUACACACUCACUUAAAUAAGGUUUCAUGUUGGUCAGGGUAUUUUCUUUAAAAUUACUUUUUUUAUUAUGCUGACUAAAAUACUGAGAUCUGUCUCUUGUUCACUGGUGACAAGAUUAUUUCCUUGGGUGUAAAAAUUCUUGCCAUCCUAUUAAACACUUAAAAUUCUGGAAA